UUGGCGCAUCAUUGUUCAUUGUAUUACUCUGAAAUCGUUUAUAUACUAUCAAACAGUUACGAGAUGGCACGUACCAAGCAAACCGCCCGCAAGUCGACCGGGGGAAAGGCGCCCAGGAAGCAGCUGGCCACCAAAGCCGCACGUAAGAGCGCGCCCGCUACCGGAGGAGUGAAGAAACCACAUCGUUACCGUCCUGGAACCGUCGCUCUCCGUGAAAUCCGUCGCUACCAGAAGAGCACGGAACUCUUGAUCCGCAAAUUGCCGUUCCAACGUUUAGUGCGCGAGAUCGCCCAGGACUUCAAGACCGACCUGCGUUUCCAGAGUUCCGCCGUCAUGGCGUUGCAAGAAGCUAGCGAGGCCUACUUGGUCGGUCUGUUCGAAGACACCAAUCUGUGUGCCAUCCACGCCAAACGGGUCACGAUCAUGCCAAAGGACAUUCAAUUGGCUCGUCGUAUUCGUGGAGAACGUGCUUAGAUCUAUUAUUAUUAUUAUUAUUAUUAUUAUUACCUUAAAAAGGCCCUUUUUAGG